GGGCCGCCUCCUCUUUCCCACCGGGGGCAGCUCCGGGUCUAUAAAGAGAGGCUUCCCGGGCGAGCCGGGAGAUUUGGACGCCCCUGCCUGGGAGGUGUGCCAGAUCUGAGCUCUCCACCCGGUUUCUUCUCCGCUGUCCCCCCAGUUGGAGAUCUGGGACCGACCAGGCACCAUGGCGCAGAAGGGCCAGCUCAGCGAUGAUGAGAAGUUCCUCUUUGUGGACAAAAACUUCGUCAACAGCCCAGUGGCCCAGGCCGACUGGGCCGCCAAGAAGCUGGUCUGGGUCCCUUCGGAGAAGCAGGGCUUCGAGGCAGCCAGCAUCAAGGAGGAGAAGGGGGACGAGGUGAUCGUGGAGCUGGUGGAGAAUGGCAAGAAGGUGACGGUCGGCAAAGAUGACAUCCAGAAGAUGAACCCGCCCAAAUUCUCCAAGGUGGAGGACAUGGCAGAGCUGACGUGCCUCAAUGAGGCCUCUGUGCUGCACAACCUGAGGGAGAGGUACUUCUCCGGGCUCAUCUACACGUACUCCGGCCUCUUCUGCGUGGUGGUCAACCCCUACAAGCAGCUGCCCAUCUACUCGGAGAAGAUCGUGGACAUGUACAAGGGCAAGAAGAGGCACGAGAUGCCGCCCCACAUCUACGCCAUCGCCGACACGGCCUACCGGAGCAUGCUGCAAGAUCGAGAGGACCAGUCCAUUCUGUGCACAGGUGAGUCUGGAGCCGGGAAGACGGAAAACACCAAGAAGGUCAUCCAGUACCUGGCCGUGGUGGCCUCCUCCCACAAGGGCAAGAAGGACACAAGCAUCACGCAAGGCCCAUCUUUUGCCUACGGUGAGCUGGAGAAGCAGCUUCUACAAGCAAACCCGAUUCUGGAGGCUUUUGGCAACGCGAAGACGGUCAAGAACGACAACUCUUCACGGUUUGGCAAAUUCAUCCGCAUCAACUUCGAUGUCACUGGUUACAUCGUGGGAGCCAACAUCGAGACGUAUCUGCUGGAGAAGUCUCGGGCCAUUCGCCAAGCCAGAGACGAGAGGACGUUCCACAUCUUUUACUACUUGAUUGCUGGAGCGAAGGACAAGAUGAAAAAUGACUUGCUUUUGGAGGGCUUCAACAACUACACAUUCCUCUCCAAUGGCUUUGUGCCCAUCCCGGCUGCCCAGGAUGACGAGAUGUUCCAGGAAACCCUGGAAGCCAUGGCGAUCAUGGGCUUCAGUGAUGAGGAGCAGCUGUCCAUACUGAAGGUGGUGUCGUCCGUCCUGCAGCUUGGAAAUAUUGUCUUCAAGAAGGAAAGAAACACAGACCAAGCAUCAAUGCCGGAUAACACAGCUGCUCAGAAAGUUUGCCACCUCAUGGGAAUUAAUGUGACAGAUUUCACCAGAUCUAUCCUGACCCCACGUAUCAAGGUUGGGCGGGAUGUAGUACAGAAAGCUCAAACAAAAGAACAGGCAGACUUUGCCGUAGAGGCUCUAGCCAAGGCCACCUACGAACGCCUUUUCCGCUGGAUACUCAGCCGUGUGAACAAAGCCCUAGACAAGACCCACCGGCAAGGGGCUUCGUUCCUGGGGAUCCUGGACAUUGCUGGAUUUGAGAUCUUUGAGGUGAACUCGUUCGAGCAGCUGUGCAUCAACUACACCAACGAGAAGCUGCAGCAGCUCUUCAACCACACGAUGUUCAUCCUGGAGCAGGAGGAGUACCAGCGCGAGGGCAUCGAGUGGAACUUCAUCGACUUCGGCCUCGACCUGCAGCCCUGCAUCGAGCUCAUCGAGCGGCCGAACAACCCUCCGGGUGUGCUGGCCCUGCUGGACGAGGAGUGCUGGUUCCCCAAAGCCACAGACAAGUCCUUCGUGGAGAAGCUGUGCACGGAGCAGGGCAACCACCCCAAGUUUCAGAAGCCCAAGCAGCUCAAGGACAAAACAGAGUUCUCCAUCAUCCACUAUGCCGGGAAGGUGGACUACAAUGCCAGUGCCUGGCUGACCAAGAACAUGGACCCGCUGAAUGACAACGUGACUUCCCUCCUCAAUGCCUCCUCGGACAAGUUUGUGGCCGACCUGUGGAAGGAUGUGGACCGCAUUGUGGGCCUGGACCAGAUGGCCAAGAUGACCGAGAGCUCGCUGCCCAGCGCCUCCAAGACCAAGAAGGGCAUGUUCCGCACGGUGGGGCAGCUGUACAAAGAGCAGCUGGGGAAGCUGAUGACCACGUUGCGCAACACCACACCCAACUUCGUGCGCUGCAUCAUCCCCAACCACGAGAAGAGGUCGGGCAAGCUGGACGCCUUUCUGGUGCUGGAGCAGCUGCGGUGCAACGGGGUGUUGGAAGGCAUCCGCAUCUGCCGUCAGGGCUUCCCCAACAGGAUCGUCUUCCAGGAGUUUCGCCAGCGCUACGAGAUCCUGGCUGCCAACGCCAUUCCCAAAGGCUUCAUGGACGGGAAGCAGGCCUGCAUUCUCAUGAUCAAAGCCCUGGAACUCGACCCCAACUUGUACAGAAUCGGGCAGAGCAAAAUCUUCUUCCGAACGGGGGUCCUGGCCCAUCUGGAAGAGGAACGAGACUUGAAGAUCACCGACGUCAUCAUGGCUUUCCAGGCCAUGUGUCGCGGCUACCUGGCCAGAAAGGCCUUCGCCAAGCGGCAGCAACAGCUGACAGCCAUGAAGGUGAUUCAGAGGAACUGUGCGGCCUACCUCAAGCUGAGGAAUUGGCAGUGGUGGAGGCUCUUCACCAAAGUGAAGCCGCUGCUGCAGGUGACGCGGCAGGAGGAGGAGAUGCAGGCCAAGGAGGACGAGCUGCAGAAGACCAAGGAGCUGCAGAAGAAGGCGGAGAGCGAGCUCAAGGAGCUGGAGCAGAGGCACACGCAGCUGGCCGAGGAGAAGAGCCUGCUCCAGGAGCAGCUGCAGGCCGAGACGGAGCUGUACGCCGAGGCCGAGGAGAUGCGGGUGCGCCUGGCGGCUAAGAAGCAGGAGCUGGAGGAGAUCCUGCAUGAGAUGGAGGCCCGCCUGGAGGAGGAGGAAGACCGGGGCCAACAGCUGCAGGCAGAGAAGAAGAAGAUGGCCCAGCAGAUGCUGGACCUGGAGGAGCAGCUGGAGGAGGAGGAAGCUGCGAGGCAGAAGUUACAGCUCGAGAAGGUCACGGCCGAGGCCAAGAUCAAGAAACUGGAGGACGAUAUUCUGGUCAUGGAUGAUCAGAACAACAAGCUGUCCAAAGAGCGAAAACUCCUCGAAGAGAGGAUUAGUGACUUAACCACAAAUCUUGCAGAAGAGGAGGAAAAGGCCAAGAACCUUACCAAGCUCAAAAACAAGCACGAAUCUAUGAUUUCAGAACUGGAAGUGCGGCUGAAGAAGGAGGAGAAGAGCCGGCAGGAGCUGGAGAAGCUGAAGAGGAAGCUCGAGGGCGAGGCCAGUGACUUCCACGAGCAGAUAGCGGACCUGCAGGCACAGAUCGCGGAGCUCAAGAUGCAGCUGGCCAAGAAGGAGGAGGAGCUGCAGGCCGCCCUGAGCAGGCUGGACGAUGAAAUCGCUCAGAAGAACAACGCUCUCAAGAAGAUCCGGGAGCUGGAGAGUCACAUCUCAGACCUGCAGGAGGACUUGGACUCAGAACGGGCCGCGAGAAACAAGGCCGAGAAGCAGAAGCGGGACCUGGGGGAGGAGCUGGAGGCGCUCAAGACGGAGCUGGAGGACACGCUGGACAGCACGGCCACCCAGCAGGAGCUCAGGGCCAAGAGGGAACAAGAGGUGACGGUGUUGAAGAAGGCCCUGGACGAGGAGACCCGGUCCCACGAGGCGCAGGUCCAGGAGAUGAGACAGAAGCACACGCAGGCGGUGGAGGAACUCACCGAGCAGUUGGAGCAGUUCAAGAGGGCCAAGGCCAACCUAGACAAGAACAAGCAGACGCUGGAGAAGGAGAACGCAGACCUGGCCGGGGAGCUGCGGGUCCUGAACCAGGCGAAGCAGGAGGUGGAGCACAAGAAGAAGAAGCUGGAGGUGCAGCUCCAGGAACUGCAGUCCAAGUGCAGCGAUGGGGAGCGGGCCCGGGCCGAGCUCAAUGACAAGGUCCACAAGCUGCAGAAUGAAGUGGAGAGUGUCACAGGGAUGCUCAACGAGGCUGAGGGGAAGGCCAUAAAACUGGCCAAGGAUGUGGCAUCCCUUGGGUCCCAGCUCCAGGACACCCAGGAGCUGCUUCAAGAAGAAACCCGGCAGAAACUCAAUGUGUCCACCAAGUUGCGCCAGCUGGAGGACGAGAGGAACAGCCUGCAGGACCAGCUGGACGAGGAGAUAGACGCCAAGCAGAACCUGGAGCGCCACAUCUCAACUCUGAACAUCCAGCUCUCCGAUUCGAAGAAGAAGCUACAGGACUUUGCCAGCACCGUGGAGGCCUUGGAAGAGGGCAAGAAGCGGUUCCAGAAGGAAAUCGAAGGCCUCACCCAGCAGUACGAAGAGAAGGCAGCUGCUUAUGACAAACUGGAAAAGACCAAGAACAGGCUUCAGCAGGAGCUGGACGACCUGGUCGUCGAUUUGGACAACCAGCGGCAACUGGUGUCCAACCUGGAAAAGAAGCAGAAGAAGUUUGAUCAGUUGUUAGCCGAGGAGAAGAGCAUCUCUUCCAAAUACGCGGAUGAAAGGGACAGAGCCGAGGCAGAAGCCAGGGAAAAGGAAACCAAGGCCUUGUCGCUGGCGCGAGCCCUCGAAGAGGCCCUGGAAGCCAAAGAGGACCUCGAGAGAGCCAACAAAAUGCUCAAGGCCGAGAUGGAGGGCCUGGUCAGCUCCAAGGAUGACGUGGGCAAGAACGUCCACGAGCUGGAGAAGUCCAAGCGGGCCCUGGAGACCCAGAUGGAGGAGAUGAAGACCCAGCUGGAGGAGCUGGAGGAUGAGCUGCAGGCCACGGAGGACGCCAAGCUGCGGCUCGAGGUCAACAUGCAGGCCCUCAAGGGCCAGUUUGAGCGGGACCUCCAGGCUCGGGAUGAACAGAACGAAGAGAAGAGGCGGCAGCUCCAGAGGCAGCUGCACGAGUACGAGACAGAACUGGAAGACGAGAGAAAGCAACGUGCCCUGGCAACGGCGGCCAAGAAGAAGCUGGAAGGGGACCUGAAGGACCUGGAGCUGCAGGCCGACUCGGCCAUCAAGGGCCGGGAGGAAGCCAUCAAGCAGCUGCGGAAACUGCAGGCCCAGAUGAAGGACUUCCAGAGAGAGCUGGAAGAUGCCCGUGCCUCCAGAGACGAGAUCUUUGCCACCGCCAAAGAGAAUGAGAAGAAAGCCAAGAGCUUAGAAGCCGACCUCAUGCAGCUACAGGAGGAUCUGGCCGCGGCUGAGAGGGCUCGCAAACAGGCCGACUUGGAGAAGGAGGAACUGGCAGAGGAGCUGACCAGCAGCGUCUCAGGAAGGAACACACUUCAGGACGAGAAGCGCCGCCUGGAGGCCCGGAUCGCGCAGCUGGAAGAGGAGCUGGAGGAGGAGCAAGGCAACAUGGAGGCCAUGAGUGACCGCGUGCGGAAGGCCACGCAGCAGGCCGAGCAGCUCAACAACGAGCUGGCCACGGAGCGCAGCGCGGCCCAGAAGAACGAGAGCGCAAGGCAGCAGCUCGAGCGGCAGAACAAGGAGCUCCGAAGCAAGCUGCAAGAGAUGGAGGGGGCCGUCAGGUCCAAGUUCAAGUCCACCAUUGCGGCACUGGAGGCCAAGAUCGCACAGCUGGAGGAGCAGGUGGAGCAGGAGGCCAGAGAGAAGCAGGCGGCCACCAAGUCGCUGAAGCAGAAGGACAAGAAGCUGAAGGAGGUCCUGCUGCAGGUGGAGGACGAGCGCAAGAUGGCGGAGCAGUACAAGGAGCAGGCAGAGAAAGGAAACGCCAAGGUCAAGCAACUCAAGAGGCAGCUGGAGGAGGCGGAGGAGGAGUCCCAGCGCAUCAAUGCCAACCGCAGGAAGCUGCAGCGGGAGCUGGAUGAAGCCACGGAGAGCAACGAGGCCAUGGGCCGCGAGGUGAACGCGCUCAAGAGCAAGCUCAGGUGACCUCACCCAGCCUGGUGCCUUUUGCGUUCCACCCACAGCGUGUGGCUUCCUGGCCCAGACUUCUUCCUAGAACCCCAGACCUGCUUGCCCUUUCCCCUCAAUGCCUCCCAGGCAGCUUACACCUUGAGCUGAACCCCUUCACGCCCAAGUCAGCUUCCCUCACGGUCUUUGCCAGCUCAGCAACUGGACUGAUAAAGCUGCUGUUAACCCAGUCCACUAAUCUGUGCUCUUUCUUUUUCCCUCUCCCCUAUAUAUAACAUCCAAUCUGCCAUGGAAUCUGAUCAACUUUCCCUUAAAAACACUGUACAUCCGGGCACCUGGGUGGCUCAGUCAGUUGAGCGUCUGACUUCAGCCCCGGUCAUGAUCUCAUGGUUCAUGAGUUCGAGCUCCGCAUCAGGCUCUGUGCUGACAGCUCAGAGUAUGGAGCCUGCUUCGGAUUCUGUGUCUCCCUCUCUCUGUCCCUCCCCGGCUCAUGCUCUCUGUAAAAAAGAAAAACUUAAAAAAAUUAAACAAAACACUGUACAUCCACAAUCCAAGAGACAAAUGCUUCUUGCCAUCCUCAUCCAAGCUACCCUCUCCUACCAUCUAGGUAACUUUCACAGCUUGUGUUUCACUUGUGUUUAUACUCCGUCUUUAUAGUCUGUUCUCAACAUGGCAGCCAGAGGGAUCCUGUUGAAAUAGAUAUGAGUCACAACCCCCCUUUGCAUGGAAGCGUCCAAUGGCUUCCACCUCAUUCAGAUUGAAAGCAACACCUUUAUGAUGGUCGGUUCCACCAGGCCCUACGUGAUCUCCGUCCACUGCCUCCUAAAUGAGCCCUCUGCCUCUACACACGCUGCCCGGGGCCCUGGCACGGGUGGUUCGCGCUGCCUGGAAGGCUCUUCCCCCAGCUCUCGGCAUAGCUGGAUCCCUCCUUCCUUUCCUUCAGGCAUUUACACGGCCACGUUAACCUGUCUACAACUUCCAACCUCCCUCCCUGCGGUUCUCUUACUGAUCUGUCACCAUGUAACCUGCUGUUUAUUUACUUAUCUCAUUGGCAGCCUUCACUCUGGCCCCAUGAGCACAGAGGUUCUGUCCGCUUAUUCGUCCCCAGUGUCUGGGAUGGUGCUGGGCACAAACCUUCAAUCACGGAGUCAGAGCUGAUGUUUCCCUAAACUCAUUCUCAUACCACCUUGGCCAUUUUGCCUUAGCCUUUUACUACCUCACGGUGUCUUUGAAAUUAACCGGUCUAAUCAUAAGCACAUCUAUUGGCAAAUAAAAUUUACCAUCCCUGUAUUGUUAAACCAGCAUCACCAGCAGCAACAGGUCACAAUGAAAUUAAAAUACAGUGAGAACAAAACAGUAAUGGAUUCUACCUACUCUGACUACAAGUUGAUGACUAGGACCAGAAGGCCUCUUUCGCAGUUGACAAGGGACUGACAGAAGAUGACGUUAGCACCAAAUAGACCGUCCCUGACAUAAUGAGAUGUAUUUUAAAAAGAGUGGGAAACGGAGUACUUUUCUCACUGUGCGAUCGAGUUAUCCAGGGGCACGCCCAGGAACCAUCUGAAACCACCUGCCAUUAUCAGCUCCAGACUCUGAGCAUCACUGCAGGCAGGUGACGAGGGGACAGCCCAAACCCCUUUCAGAAGGGGGAGGAUGGCUGGCGUGGGGUACAGGGCUUCGGGAAGGAGACCCCAGAUCACACAAGGCUGGGGAGGGCCUGUGGGUCCCCCCAGUGAAAGAGAAACAAGAUGUAACCUCUCAGGUCCAACAGGGGCUUGGGAGCAACCCCCAGGACGAUGGUCAGCAAGACAGCUGUUCUCACAUGGAGCUGUCCCCCUCUCUCCCCUCCAGAAUUUGCUUGGCUGGUGACUGAACCCUGCCCUCCUCAGUGCCAGGCCCGGGGGUGGGGGAGCAGUCAGCUGCUCUGGCUGUCACUGCUCCCUGUGGUCAGGACCCCUGAUUCCCUUAGCACAUGUUCAACGUACCUUGUGGGUUCUGCCCCCCAACAGCUGACCCUCCUCAGGGCCUACAGUAUGGAACAGACUAUUUGACACUCCCGGUACGAGCAUACCCUAAGGCAGGGCCAAGAGCGGUCACACCUUCCUGCCGCCUCUGUGUCCCACGUGUAAAAACCUCAAGUCCAGCACUAGAGCCGUGAGUGAGGUUAGCAAGCCUGGCCAGCUCUCAGUGAACAAGGAAAUGCGAAGCGAGUUUCAUAGUCGUGCCGACCAGGUAAACCUCAACGUGAGCGCCUGUUAAAGAGCUGGGCCCGGCCUCUGCCACACCAGCAGACGUGAGCUUCUUAGCUGAACCAACAGCUUACGCGUGCCGGCCUCAGAGUUCUUGGUGUCCCGCGCUUCUCUGCCAGGUUGACUUAGAAGUGCCUUUGAUCAUUUCAUCGAAGGGAAUGCCU